AUGUCCAUUCGUUCGGCCUCUCACAAUGGCGCCUUUGACGCUGGUCAAGACGGAUUGUACACCCAGGAAAAGAGAUCCAAACACAAUGUCGGGUCCUCGCUGCCGACCAACAAUCGUGACCAUCCCCAUCGUUAUGUGCUGGGUCUCUUCCGAGUCGACACCGCCGGCGAGAGUGGUCGCUCAGGUUUUCAUCCGCUUCAUUUCUUCAAGAUCCUCUUCAAGGGCACCUGUACGGCCUCGAUGAUCGUCAAUGUUCUCUGGCCCUUUGUGCCGGCUGCGAUCACCAUGCAUUUCGCUCGACCGGACCUGCAUGUGUGGGUAUUUGCCUUGAACUACAUUGCAAUGGUGCCAUCGGCCAACGUGCUUGGCUUUGCAUGCGGCGAGUUGGCGAAGAAGUUGCCCAAGAUACUGGGAAUUGUGCUCGAAACCUUUCUCGGCGCAAUCGUGGAGCUCGUUCUCAUCAUGGUAUUACUGCAUAACCACACCGAACAGCGCCCGCUCAUUCCCGUCAUCCAGGCUGCCCUUCUCGGUUCGAUUCUGGCCAACUUACUCCUGUGUCUGGGACUAUGCUUCUUUGCCGGUGGGUUGAAACGCACCGAGCAGAGCUUCCACGAGGCCGUGAGUGAAGUGGGGACGGGUUUGCUUCUGGUCGCUGGCUUCGGUCUGUUGAUCCCCAGUGCCUUCUUCUCGGCACUCAAAGGCGCUGUCAAUCAGGAGUUUACCCUCGAAAUGCUGUCUCAACAUACUCUUACAAUCAGCCGCGCAACGUCUAUCAUUCUUCUCGUGGCAUUCUUGACCUAUCUUGUUUUCAACCUCCAUAGCCACAACACCAUCUUCGACGAGAUUUUCGAAAAGGACGAAGCGAGAGAUGAAGAUGGACAUCUGGAGCAUCUGCGUGCUAAGCUUACGUUUUUGGAAUGCAUUAUUGCCAUCGUGAUCUCGCUCACCUGUGUGACCAUGUCUGCCGUCUUCCUGGUCCAAGAGAUUGAAUUCAUCGUGGAGGAACAAGGGGUCUCUGACAACUUCAUGGGUCUCAUCCUGGUCCCCCUUGUUGAAAAAGCCGCCGAACAUCUGACAGCAAUUGACGAGGCUUGGGACAACCAGAUCAAUUUCGCCCUCUUCCACUGCCUGGCCCCAUCUAUUCUGACGGCCCUGCUCAAUGCUCCGCUGGCGGUGAUUGUGGGCUGGGGUCGCGACAAGCCCAUGGACCUCAACUUUGAAAUUUUCAUGGUGGUUCUGCUGGUCCUGUCGAUUCUGGUCGUAGGUAACUUCUUGCGGGACGGCAAGUCAAACUAUCUGGAGGGAACAUUGUGUGUUCUCGUCUACGUGAUUAUUGCAGUCACUUCAUGGUACUAUCCCGGGGUGCACAUCACUUCGACCAACAGUCUCCAGGGAGGACAUGGUGGUGAAUCAGCAUCAUCCGGGCACUAG